CUCCUGACGCGGAGGUGCCACCUGGGGACACGGCACCUGCUGCCACCAAAAUGUGGGACAGGAGCCAGCGCCGCCGGCGGGGACCGAGAGCUGAGUUUGAAAAAAAAACGCCGUUUUUAUUGCUCGCAGGAAUCCUUAACGAGCUACAAAAAAAACACCUUUGGGCAAGCCCCAAACCCCCCCUGAUCCCGGGGCACACGGGGCUGGUUUUGAGGUGCAAUCCCUGCUUUUGGGGGUUCCGGGCCGAGGCUGUGCCGUGUGUGACAGCAGGAGCCCGGUCCCUGAUUCCGUGGAUGGUUUUUUGGGGUUAUAUCCUUUAUUUUUGGGGUUAAACCCGUGUUUUUGUGGGUUCCAGGCCGGGGCCAUGCUGUGUGCGACAGGAGGAGCCUGAUCUCUGAUUUUGGGGUUAAAUGCCGAGGCCAUGCUGUGCACGGCGCUGGUCAUGGCCGGCAGCCUGGCGCUCACCACGGCCGUGGUGGCCCACGCCUACUACCUGAAGCACCAGUUCUACCCCACCGUGGUGUACCUCACCAAAUCCAGCCCCAGCAUGGCCGUGCUGUACAUCCAGGCCUUCGUGCUGGUGUUCCUGCUGGGCAAGUUCAUGGGCAAGGUUUUCUUCGGGCAGCUGCGCGCGGCCGAGAUGGAGCACCUCCUGGAGCGCUCGUGGUACGCGGUGACCGAGACCUGCCUGGCCUUCACCGUCUUCAGGGACGACUUCAGCCCGCGCUUCGUCGCCCUCUUCACCCUCCUCCUCUUCCUCAAGUGCUUCCACUGGCUGGCCGAGGACCGUGUGGAUUUUAUGGAGAGGAGCCCCAACAUCUCGUGGCUCUUCCACUUCCGAAUCGUCUCCCUGAUGUUCCUGCUGGGAAUCCUGGACUUCCUCUUUGUCAGCCACGCCUACCACAGCAUCCUGACCCGCGGCGCCUCCGUCCAGCUGGUCUUCGGCUUCGAGUACGCCAUCCUGAUGACCAUGGUGCUGACCAUCUUCAUCAAGUACGUGCUGCACUCCAUCGACCUGCAGAACGAGAACCCCUGGGACAACAAGGCCGUGUUCAUGCUCUACACCGAGCUCUUCACCGGCCUCAUCAAGGUGCUGCUCUACAUGGCCUUCAUGACCAUCAUGAUCAAGGUGCACACCUUCCCGCUCUUCGCCAUCCGCCCCAUGUACCUGGCCAUGAGGCAGUUCAAGAAGGCCGUCACCGACGCCAUCAUGUCCCGCCGGGCCAUCCGCAACAUGAACACGCUGUAUCCCGACGCCACGGCCGAGGAGCUGCAGGCCAUGGACAACGUGUGCAUCAUCUGCCGUGAGGAGAUGGUGACGGGUGCCAAGCGCCUGCCCUGCAACCACAUCUUCCACACCAGCUGCCUGCGCUCGUGGUUCCAGCGGCAGCAGACGUGCCCCACGUGCCGCAUGGACGUGCUCCGCGCCUCGCUGCCGCCGCAGCCGCCCCCAGAGCCACCGGCACCGGCACCGGCACCGGCGGCACAGCCGCCCAACUUUCCCCAGGGAAUGCUCCCUCCCUUCCCGCCGGGAAUGUUCCCGUUCUGGCCGCCCGUGGGGCCCUUCCCGCCCGGCCCCGGUGCCCAGGCCCCGGCCGGCACUGACGGCUCGGCCGCGGCCGCCGGCGCCGCUCCCGGUGCCCGUGCUGGUCCCGGUGCCGCUCCCGGUGCCGCUCCCGGUGCCGCUCCCGGUGCUGGCGCUGCCGGGCCGGAGCCGAGCGGUGCCGGGGCCGUGCCGGGGCUGCCGCUGCCGCCGCCCUGGGUGGGGAUGCCAUGGCCGCCGCUCUUUGGCGUGCCGCCCAUGCCGGUGCCGCCGGCCGGCUUUGCCGGGCUGACCGAGGAGGAGCUGCGGGCCAUGGAGGGCCACGAGCGGCAGCACCUGGAGGCGCGGCUGCAGUGCCUGCACAACAUCCACACGCUGCUGGACGCAGCCAUGCUGCAGAUCAACCAGUACCUGGGCGUGCUGGCCUCCCUCGGGACCCCCCGAGCCGCCCCCCGGCCGCCCCCCGACCGUGAGGCCCCCCCGGAGGAGCCCCCGGCGCCGGGACCCUCGGGAGCCACCGGAGCCACCGGAGCCACCGAUCCGGCCCCCGCCGAGGAUGAGGAGGACGCGGCCGAAGGCCCCGAGCCCCGCGAGGGCCCCGACACGGCCGAGCUGCGCCGGCGGCGCCUGCAGAGGCUGGGGACCCCCCCCCACUGACCGGGACCCCCAGGACCCCCCAGACCGACCCCCGAUCCCCCCCAGGACCCCCCAGACCAACCCCAAAUCCCCCCCAGGACCCCCCAGACCAACCCCAGAUCCCCCCCAGGACCCCCCAGGACCCCCCAGACCGACCCCAAAUCCCCCCCAGGACCCCCCAGACCAACCCCAGAUCCCCCCCCAGGACCCUCCCUCACCUCCAGGACCUCCCCCCUCCCCAUUUUCCAUCGGAAUUCCCAUCUGGAAGCGAAUCCCAGUCCCCUUGGUGACCCCAGCCCCAUUUCUCCAGCCCUGAUCCCUUUCCCCUCCAUUUUUCCCCAACUUUCCCCCAUUUUUCCCCUAUUUCCCCCCAUUUUUUCCCAAUUUCCCCCCAUUUUUCCCCAAUUUCCCCCCAUUUUUCCCCAAUUUCCCCCCAUUUUUCCCCUAUUUCCCCCCAUUUUUUCCCCUAUUUCCCCCAUUUUUCCCAAUUUCUCCCUGUUUUCCCCCAACUCUCCCUCUCCCCUGAGCCAGGGUUGGCUCCCUGUUGUUCCCUGGGGUUUUGGGGUGUUCCCCCCCCCCCCCCCCAAAUCCACCCCUGGGGGGCUUUGACCUCUGACCCCGCCCGCCCCAGGGAAUUCGGGACCCCCCUGGGAUUUUGGGGUCCCCUCCCAUGGGAAUUCUGGGGCUACCCUGAGGAUUUUGGGGCCGUUCCUUGGGAUUUUGGGGCACCCCACCCCCCCAGAUUUGGGUCCUGCCCAUGGGAAUUUCGUGAUUUUCCCGGGAAUUUGGGAAUUUUGGGUCACCUCCGUGGAAUUUCGGGGUUCCCCCUGGAAUUUUGGGAAUUCUGCCCCCCAUUAACAGUAUUAACCCCUCCCCCCCACCCCCCCCAGUCCCAAACUGGUUUGGACUGGUUUGGACGGGUGCCGGGGUUGCAGUUUCUCGCUGACUUUUGCCCAAUUCCGGGCGCUUUUGGCCCAAAUCCCGCCGCGAUUCCGGGCCGGCCGCGCCCCCAGUGCCUCUGGAACCCCAAAUUCUCAGGGAAAAACCAAAAAUCCACCACCCCGCGGCCGGAAUCGACGGAAAACGGCGCCUUUUGCACCAAAACGGGGGCUGGGGCGGGGGGGGGUGGGGAGACUUUUGGGGCAAAAAGGAGCCAAAUUGGGAUUUUCGGGUCUGAGGCGGAUUUGUUUUCUUUCUUCCUUUAAUUUUUUGGGCAGUUUUGGCCCCAGCUUGAGUGGCUCGAUGAGGAAUUUGGCAAUAACGAAGCGGCGCCGCUUUGGGGAGUUGAUUUUUAACCCUUCCGUGUGGGUUUUUUUUUUACCCAUUUUGAGCCAAAACCGUCGUUCCUUUUGGGUCUGUUCGAGGUUUUUUUGGGUGGAUUCCUUAAAAAUUGCCUCGUUUUGGGGUGAAGCCACGGGGAGGGGGAGGGGAGGGAUGGUUCCGGGGGGCGCUGGACCCCAAAAUCGCCCCUUUUCCCCCCGAAGCGGUGGCGGAAUUAUUUAAUUUGUAAAUAAUGUACAAAUUUUUACCAGCUCCGGUGUAAAUACAAUAAAGGUUGCAGUAAAGCUCGGCU